UAAUAAAACAGACAAACUCAAAACUCAAAACAAAACAAGAAAAAACUAAUGGGCGUCCAAACGCUGCCUUAACCUUCAAUUAUUAUCUUCUUCUUCCUCCUCAAUCUCCACCUAUACACACAACCAUCUGUAUCUACAUCCACACGCAUGUCCCAGCACUCUUGAAUUCCGCCAUGGAAGUAGUGGAGAUAGGCGUGCCGAUCGGACCGAACUACUCGUACAGCGCCGAGCGAGAUCGAGUGCGCGUGCGGAGAAAAACACUCGAUGCUGUGCUCGAGCAAUGUCAGAGAGCUCUUCAGUUCCUCAGCGACACUGGUUAUGUUGAUGAUGACGAUGAUGACGACGUGUGUGACGGCGCCGGUGAAGUUGGUUGCGGGAGAGCUGAGAGCUCUUCUGGUGAUGCGCCGUGUCAGGAUAGGGAGACUGAUGAGCUAUGCAGUCUCCUCAAAUCUAGAGUUGAGAGCCCUGAUUUCCUUGAAAAGCUGGAGAGUGCCCAAGUGUCAGUUCCACAAAAUACGCCUGAAGAAGGUAGUACCUGGGACAUGAUUAAUGAAAAGGAUGUGUGGGAAAGUGGGUAUAUCAAUUCAGAAGAAGAAGAUUAUGUUCUUGUUAGGCAAGAAGAUAUUGUGGAUGGUAUUGCAUGCUUCAUGGCUGCAUAUCUUCUUUCACUUAAACAGACCAAGGAUUUAACCCCAAAUCAACUCCAAGAUGCUCUGAGCAAAACCUUCUCUCUGAAAAAGAAGAAGGGAAAACUUCGGAAGGCAUGGGACGGAAGCAAAGUCAUAUAUAAUGUUGCAUCAUGGGGGGCAACAGCAAUUGGGAUAUACCAAAAUCCAGCUCUUCUCAGGGCGGCUUCAGCAGCCUUCUGGACCUCAUGUAAUGUGAUAUCAAAGCUCUUCUAAUUACUCUUGUGCUGCACCAUAGACGAAGCUGUUGCAAUGCUUGAAUCCACUGUCGGAGUGUUUUAAAGCAUCCUGGUGUUGCACACAACUUGGCAUAGUAGUUGCUAUUCUUUGUAUGAAAUGAUUGGAUUUAUCUGAUCUUGUAAAUACAUCAGCUGCAUCCUGUGUGCAAUUACAAUUGUGUGGGAUAUAAUGAAUGGGUGUAUGUACUUGGAAGAAAAAAGAAAGAAAAAGAAAGGCGUUACUGGUAGGCAGAAAUGUAAUUUAAUUUUUAGUUAUCUGAUUGGCAGCAUACGGACUUGGAAUAAUUGCCUGGUUUCGCAUGCUUAGUGAUGUAAAUAUGGAACUGUCUCGUAAUUUUGUUUUGAGGUUAA